AUGCCUGGUGGGCGGUGCCGAGGCCCGGGCCGGUCGUUGGUGCGUGUUCGUGGGUUUGUGGAAGCCGUACUGUGCUGUCUUGAGGUGUCAAGUCGUGGUGGCGAGGAACGACUGUGCCGGUGGAGAAGAUGAGUUUAGCUCUGAGGAGUGAGCUUGUCGUAGACAAAACAAAGAGGAAAAAAAGAAGAGAGCUCUCUGAAGAACAGAAACAAGAAAUUAAAGAUGCUUUUGAGCUGUUUGAUACAGACAAAGAUGAAGCUAUAGAUUAUCAUGAAUUAAAGGUGGCAAUGAGAGCCUUGGGGUUUGAUGUAAAAAAAGCUGAUGUACUGAAGAUUCUUAAAGAUUAUGACAGAGAAGCCACAGGCAAAAUCACCUUUGAAGAUUUUAAUGAAGUUGUGACAGAUUGGAUAUUGGAAAGAGAUCCACAUGAAGAAAUAUUGAAGGCAUUUAAGCUAUUUGAUGAUGAUGAUUCAGGUAAAAUAAGCUUGAGGAAUUUGCGACGUGUUGCCAGAGAAUUGGGUGAAAACAUGAGUGAUGAAGAACUUCGAGCUAUGAUAGAAGAAUUUGAUAAAGACGGUGACGGAGAAAUAAAUCAAGAGGAAUUCAUUGCCAUCAUGACUGGUGACAUAUAACACAUGACAAGGACAAGCACCGCCGUGUUGCAGCCUCUGUCUCACACAGUUCUCAUGCCUGGAGCUGCGAUAGAAAGGAAGCCAACGUAGCUGUCGCUGUGCAGGGCCGCGCCGCCCCCUGUGCGCCUGCGCUCGGGAUGCUCUGCGGUGGUGCGUGGCAGUGUGGCUAGUGCGCACGCGGCUCAGCUUUGCAGCUUUGAUAUAAAAUUCUGAAAAAUAAAGCCCUGUGGUGUAUAUUCUUUAA